UUGAAACUGUCGGUAAAGUUGAUGUCGAUGGCUCUGGAGAAAAAAACAACAUGGAUUACAGAAAAUGGGAGCGAAAUACAAGACCUAAACCUCUGCUUUGGGCAAUUCCUCAUCAGAAAGCAGUCGUAUCAUCUAUCAAAGGAGAAAUCAGGUCAUUUCCAACUGGAAAAUCAGGAAAAUCUCGAUCUUACGUCCGCAAUGAAUUCACAACACUCCCCAAAUUUCCUACAAGAAGGACAGCUGAAAAAGUGGAAGAGGACCAGAUCUCCUCAAAGAGGAAAUACGACAUCAAAGAACUGACGUUGCUCAUCAAAUCCAGGAAAGAAGCAAUAAAAGACCUGGAGGAGCUCUGUGAACAGCUUCAAGAGAGGAACCUGCAGAUGGCCACAAGCAUAGUGGAUACAGAAAGAAGCUCAUUUACCAGAACCAAUGAACUGCUCAUCCAGACAGAGCAAAAAAAGAGAUCAACGGUAGCUUUGAAACGAUGGAAUGACGGUCUUAUUAAAAGCGCCAAAGCAGAGAUGAGAGAUAAAAAGGAUGCAACACAGACACAUCUCAGUGGUUUGCGGAAACAGUUGGAUCUGCUAAAAGCGAAGGUGGUAGAGGCUCAAAAAGAGCUCCGCAAACUGAGGACAUACAAAGAUAUGGAGUUCCCGAUCAAGGCCUUGCAGAUUGCAGACAUGGAAAGAAAGUUGGACAGGCUGAAAGAGAUGCAGCAGAAAGAGAAAGAAGAUUUGAAUCUGUUUUUUAAGAAAGAAAUGUUCAAUUUGGAGAGACGCCGGUGUCAAAGAGAACAAGAAGUGCUGUCUGCUGUUGUUGAGAAACACGCUUCCCAAAUCCCUCCCAUUGUCAAACUGAUGGCCUCACAGAACGACUCAAUAAGGGAAGCGAUUCAUAAAAAGAAAAAGUUUGUAUUGGAGAUGGAGCAAAAGAAUGAAGAGCUAAGGAAGAGUAUUCAGGAACUGCAACUAUUAAGGCCAAAAAACAUCAGGAGAGAGAUCUUUCCAAGCGUUUUCCUGAAAUCGGACAAGUGUACUCCAGAUAUGGACGUCCAUCUCAAUAUACCCCAAGCAGAUUUACUUCCCAUGUAGCCUUGCGCUGAAGGCAUUACCUUGUUGAGUCUUCCCUUGAGCUGCUGUAUAUUACUAACAACAUUCAAUGAAGCUACUUCAUUUCAUUAUUUUACUCAGUCAGACAAAUAUACAAAUCUCCUUUUCUGUAUCUGUCUUUGCUUUUGUUUUUUAGGCUUUGUCAUUUCUUUUUUUUUCUAAAAACACUAUAUAUUGCACUAGAGCACUCUGAUGUGCUUUUAGACAUGCGACUGCAUACAUGUAUUUUGUACAGCUGUGUUAAUAACCACUUUUAUUUGGUAAGUAAAAGAAAAACAUAAAAGCCAGAUUUUUUAAUAUUAGCACAUCAGUCAUUAUCAGUCAAAUGUACUAACAUUCAGGAAUUGGUUAACUGAAAGACACCCUUGUACUCACCAACAUGUAUUUAUAUUGUGAAGUAUUAUCAUUUAAAAGUAAAAAAAAUUCUUAUUAAUGUUUUAAGAUGUAAUUUAUCCUGUGCUGCCAAAAUUGAAUUUGCAGCAAACAUUACUCCAGUCUUAAGUGUCACAUAAAAUUAUGAUUUAGUGUUAAGUGUUGAAAAUAGUUGUGCUGCUUAAUAUUUUAGUGGGAACCAACAUGACACUUUUUUUCAGAAUUCUUUGAUGUGUUGAAAAGAACAGCAUUCACUUGAAAUUAAAAUAUUUGUAACAUUA